UUUUUUUUAAACGGAUUGUUAAAAACUUUGAUUAGGUUAAAAAACUCUUUUACAUAACAAAAUAAGGUAAAUCAAAUCAUAUUCCUGACUUAUUCAUUUCCUAUGGUAAAAUAAAAAAGUUAAAAAAAAAAAUUGUGGUUUCUAAAAACUAAAAAGUACCUACCUAACUAUAUAACUAACUAAUAAUUUACCUAACUAUUCGAUACUAAGACGUGUUAAUACAGCAAAUCCAGUGAAUUAGUUUUACUUGUUUCAUUGCAAUUUGUUGAUUGUUCUUAUUCUUGAAGAGGUUUUGUACAGAAUUUAGCCUAAAACAGAAUGGGCACAUUUGGCGAAAUUGUUGAACCAGUCAGCAGGUCUAUCUGGGAAGACUGGGACGACGAAUCCAUUGGUGAUAAUAGUACAUCAUUGCAGUGGCAAAAUCCCUUGGAUCUAGCAGAUCGAAUUGACACAUUCUUUAUUCUAGAAGGCAAGUUUAUAUCAGAAUGUGUAGAAAUUAAUCCUCAAGCCCAUUUACAGUUAAAAAACUGUGUCACAAAAGCAAAUUUGAAUUUAUUUGAAUUGCCAUCUCAAAAAUAUGUUUGUACAAUCAAGGGUUACAAUCUGCUUCAAAGCAGUGAGAUUGUAGAACUGCUGAAAUCACUUCUAUGUAAAAGUAAAGAUGUUAUAACAAUACAGACCAAGCCGCUGUUGGAAUAUCAAACUACAAGUCAAGCAUAUUCACCACUGGUUAUCAGAAAGUUAACUACUUCAACACCUGCUCAGAUACCAUUGGAUUUUAAAUUUGAAAAACUAGAACAGCCAAAUAUUGUAUCAGGAGUUGCUGCAGGAGUAACAUGUCUAAGAGAACAUUUGGACUUACCAGCCACUACCAUAGUGUGUUAUAUUGAACACACUGAAGAGUAUCAAACAGAUGAAAUACAAAAAAUAUUAGAGAAACUUAAAAUUAUUGAUGGCAUUUGUAAAACAAAAAUCAUCAAUAAAUCAAGCAUACUGAAUUCAAACUUGUACAUUUGAUAAAUAAAACAUUUUAAUUAUG